AUGAUGGAUGCCUCUACUCCACUCAAGCGGUCCUCGACCGAUGCCGGUCUUGAUUCACCUCGUGAGUCGAAUCGCUCAACAGACUCACGACCGGUCGCUCCUAGGAUAUCCAAAGCCCGAGCCUGCGCAGAAUGCAAGCGACAUAAGAUUCGCUGCGAAUUCCGACCGGGCGAGAGCAACUGUACGAAAUGUAUCCGUAGCGGCAUUAAAUGUGUCGUGAACGACUUUUCCCAGAAAUUCGUUGACGACGAUGGAGUAUGGAAGUCCCAGGCGGCAGCAAGUAUGCAGCAAUUGCAGGCGGCUGUCUCUCAGCUUUUACGACAAGCAGGACUGCCGGACCUCUCGACCUUUGGCAGCGGUGACAGCCGUAAUGGACCCAGUCCGGCUGCCUCGCAUCACACCCACCGGCCAUCCAUUGAUGCCUCCCAAUCCCAUAGUCAUCAUGAUGGACCAGGAGUGGUGAUGGACGUCACCCGGGAGCCAUCCCAAGAACCCGAUCUUCAAGACCCAGAUCUGGUACCGGCGCCCAUGCGCAGUCUCUACGAGGUCACCAAACUGCGCAAUCUACGAAACAACCAUAUCGAGGCACCCAAGAAGACACUCUUGGAAGAAGACUUCAUCACACGAGGACUGAUCUCGAUCCACGAAGCCGAAGAGCUAUUCGCGUACUUUAGUCGCACCAUGAAUCAGCUACUGUGGGGUGGGAUCAUCUUAGUGCAUCGUGAUCUGACAUCUGUCCGCCGCGCCUCCACUCUACUUUCAGCUGCAGUCUUGACCGUUGCAGCUCUGCAUAUACCUAAUCGGACCGACACGCUAAACAGAUGUUAUCAUGAGUAUGUCUCAUUGGUGUCCAGCAUGGCUCUCACCCGGGCGCAUACGCUGGACGAUAUUCGCGGCCUCUGUGUUGGCGCGUUCUGGUUAUCCGAGCUGAGCUGGAAGCUCUCCGGUCAUGCUGUGCGGGUCGCGACCGAGCUUGGUUUGCAUCAGAGCUAUCAGCGCCUGACUCGUGGGCAUACCGAUCAAUAUGAACGCGCUCAAUUAUGGUAUUUGCUCUAUGUAUGCGAUCAUCACUUUAGUAUCGCUUACGGGCGGCCCCCCGUCAUCCACGAGGAUGUCGCGAUUCGAAAUUAUGAAACAUUCUUGGAGUUGCCCAUGGUGGUUCCCGGCGACAUACGGCUGCUGGCCCAGGUCGCUCUGUUCAUGAUCUUGACUGAGGCGUAUCGCAUGUUUGGGAGUGACACGGAGCAAGCAUUGACGGAGGCAGAUUUUGGGCAAUUGCGGGUAUAUAACGUCGCGGUCGAUCAAUGGCGAUUACUUUGGCAGCCUCGGUCGGCCGACAGCUCAUAUGUCCGAACUUACCCGUCCAAGGGAGUGGUGCUACACUACCAUUUCGCGAAAUUCCAGCUCAAUUCGCUCUCGCUCCGCGGGCUUUCCCCUUCGAAUACCCCGGUCUUCUCCAUGGACCGCAAGGAGUCUGCCAACAUUGCAAUCUCCUCGGCUAUGGCAUGCUUGAACAUGGUGCUGGAGGAGCCUGACAUCCGGGACGCGAUUGUUGGCGUGCCCAUUUUCACACAUACCAUGGUGACCUUCUCGGCCGUCUUCCUGUUGAAGGUCGCGAUCAACUGGAACACCGCGUAUCUCAGUAUCAAUGCGCGACAAGUGCGGCGACUCGUCGAGCGGGUGAUUGAGCUGAUGAAUUGCGUGUCGGCCGGCGAGCGCCAUCUGACUCGGCACAUUGCACGUGGACUCGGCAAAAUGCUAGAGCGAUUUGACUCGUGGGAGGCUGGAUGGCAAGUUGACGCUAACCACAAUGGCAGCGAGGUUGAUGUGCCCGGCGGCGCGAACGCGAUGGCACAGGGAUUCCCUCCGCCAGAUUUGAUCUACGAUAUGGUCGGCACCUAUGGGUUUGGGCUCGAUGAGAACCUGCUUGACCCGAGCAUGGCGAACUUUGAGUUCUUGGCGCAGUAG